GCACACGUACCCUUUCCACCAGUUAAUCGCCUUAAAAACCAGUACGAGAUGCAUGGACCUCUACGCCGAGAGAACGAAGCAGAACUUAGCCUCGCGUGCUUGUAUACGUCAGGGCGCUAAACUGAAAAGCGAUCGCUCAGUAACUUACUGCGCCACGGAGUUGGAGGCCUUGAAUACUAUGUAAACACUUUGAGCUGCACAAAGAUCAGCGGUAUAGCGACGUUGGCCUUCGUUUGAGUCUCCAACGACUGUUCGCCUGCAAUCUCCAACCAUGGUUCAUCCCACCGUGACACUACUCUUUGCAGCCUUGGCAUCUGCUCAAGCAUCCAACUACACCACAACAGCAUGGAUGACCAAUUUCGCUGGCUCCGAUAAGUAUGGUUACGUCGCGUCCGUCAUCAACGCCGACGCUGAACACAUGACUCUUUCCCUGGACUAUGACGCGGACGCCGACCGGGACGCUCUGCACGUUGGCGGCCCUGCCGGCAACUUUACCUUUGGCCCAUCCGGUUUCACACUGUCGACAGAGAGGCGUAGCGUUAUGGGCGGACCCUCAGGCAAUAUGGGCUUGCAGGUUGAAUGCACCGAGCCUGCUCGAGUGGAUGCCGAAGUAACGUGUACUGGAACGUUUGGCGACGGGUACGCUCGGUACGCCCGGUGCAACGAAUAUGAGACCACACAGACGAGGCGAACCCCGCGAGAAAACAUGACUACCUCUUAUGCGCACACUUACGGCACCGGGCUCUGGGGCUCUGGCGGCACCGAGACCAUCACCCAAACAUUUAAUUACCCUCUUGUGUCCGAGACGACGACCCCGGCUUGGUGCACCAGCGACGAGCUGCCAGAGUCUGCGGUGUCAACUGCAUUCCCUGCUUCAGCGACGAAGUUUGCAGUCUAUCAAAUUGUCAUUUAUGCGGGACAGGAGAAGCUGAGCGCGUUCUCUGGCUCAUCGGCUGUGAACAGCACAGGACCUAGUUCGACGGAGAGCGGGCCAGCGGCUACUGCGUCGGCUGGAACGAAUGGUACCACGAGCACGCCUCCUGAAAGCACUGGCGCGGCGGAUAAGAUGAAUGCGGCGGUCCCUGUAAUUGCUGGUUUGGGUGUUGCAGCCGUUAUGGGUAUGCUUUGAUACGCUUGCUCGAUAUA